AUGCGUAUGGUAUCAAUCACCAUUGGCCUUCUACACGCCCGCACUGUGGUUUCUGCUUUAGACCGCGUGGCCUGCCAACACCCAAGCGAAAACCCAUUAGAAGGAUGUCCGGAAAACACCAUUUUGGUUGGGCAGAAUCAGAAGCAUACUACGGUCCAGUCUGCGAUCCUGAGUUUGCCGAAUGACUCAUCUUCACAUCAUAUUCUUAUCCAGCCUGGAAAUUACACGGAACAAGUUAAUGUUACUCGACCUGGUCCCGUGUAUCUGCUUGGCCAAACCAGGGCUCCAAAUGACCAAAGCAAAAACGUUGUGAGCAUAAUCUGGCGCAACGCGACUGGCGAUCUCGUACCAGCGGGCACACCGUUCGGCAACGUUGACUUCAGAGCCUACAACAUCGAUUUCAUCAACGACUUCAAGAAUUAUGCUACCGGACCAGCGCUUGCUGUUUCAGUGAGCUAUGCCAAUGCCGGCUUCUACUUCAGCGGAUUCUAUUCCUACCAAGACACAGUUUACGUUGGCAAACUGGGCAAUGCUUAUUUCUACAAAAAUGAGAUCGCAGGCCAAACAGAUUUUCUCUAUGGCUUCGGCACAGCGUGGAUCCAGUCCAGUCUUCUCACGCUUCGCAACUGUGGUGGCGGCAUAACGGCUUGGAAAGGCACGAAUACGACUUUUGUAAACAAAUACGGCGUAUACAUCCACGACUCGGACGUCAGGAAAGCCAACGCAUCCCUCGCCAUCACAGGACUUUGCGCUCUUGGUCGUCCUUGGAACGCUCUACAUCGCUCCAUUUUUGCUAACUGCAAUCUCGACGACUCGAUCAAACCAAGCGGAUAUAUUGCUUGGGGCACUACCGACCCGCGGUUUGGCGCCAACACCACCAUGGCCGAGUACAAAAGCUACGGACCAGGAUGGAAUGCAACGGCACGAGCUAUGAGUAAUGUUAGCAUUGUGAUGAGCGACAAGCAGUAUGAGCCGUAUUCCUCACUGGACAAGGUCUUUCAGCAUCCUUUCGAUGGUAAAUUUGGAAAUACUGGUUGGAUAGAUCGCAAUGUAACUGCUGAUAAUGGCAUGUAA